AUGAAGUUUAUUUCUCUGCUUGCUACUGCAACAGCUGUGUCUGGCCAAUUUAUCUUGGCAAUCAAGUCGUCGGACUCUUUGAUUGCCGGGGCCACGUUUGGAAUCUACUCCAACGGUCAGCCUCCACCGUACGACCUGACUCUGCGGAUUGGCGACUCUCGCGAGAUGUACUUUGAUUACGACAGCUCUGACCAGUCUCUUGAGUAUCUUUCGUCGGACAAGGACCCACAGGAAGUGACUAUUGCCAACGACUCCAGCGUACAGGUCAGUUUCGACAAGGGCUCCGACAAGUUUGCGUUCAACACGCUGGGCCAAUUGACCAUCAACGGCAACAGAGACGGUCUGUAUGCCUGUCAGGGUGACGUUUCCCAGCCAGGCAACCUGCGGUAUCUGAAAUACUACCCAAGAUUGAACGCUCCAGAUACCUGUUCCGCGUUCUAUCUGCAAAAGGCAGCAGAGACGUCUUCGUCGGCAGUUGUUUCCAAAACAGUGUUCCAUAGCUCCACUCAAGCCAUUACCACAUGUCCAACAUGUAGUGCUACUUCGUCCGCAUCGGGAGGUAGCAACGGCACUGCCAGUAGUGUUAGCUCCUAUGCAGAUGCUGCCACGCAUGUUUCCGCUGCCAACAUUGGCAUUCUUGGAGGGCUGGUGCUACUCAUUGGCGCAAUCUAG